CGUUACGGUAACGUGAUACGGUGCUCUUGCAAGAGACAGUUAGGUAUCCACUUCCGUUUCUAUUUGCUGAAGUAUAGAAUGUGUGGUCUAAUGUAAAAGACGAUUUCAAAGAGUUCUGACCGAUUUCGAUCAAUGCUGGCUACCUACUGCCUUGCCUAAUCAAUGGAGCAAAACAACGGCAACGGCCAAAGCUGGUCAAUGCAGCAGCGGCGUGUAGAGGGGUUGGUAAACAAACAUAUGGCAGACAUUGCUUUAGAGACACUACAACAGAGGCUGUCUUUGGUGUCUGAAGAAAUGAACCAUUUGUCAAAUGAGCUGACAAGUCGAGACGAUAACUCGAAGCGAGCGGUUGAUAGCCCGCGACGUUCGGAAAUAAAUUUCAACGUGGAAUCACUGUCCGAGACAUAUAGCAGCACAGGGGGCGCAGGAGAAAAGUUGUUCCCAGCCACCUCCUCGUCAGAAACAGCAGCUCAGAGAAAAAUCAUAACGCUUUUGAUGGAGAUAAAGGAAGAGCAGCAAAGACAAUGGGCAGUGUUGAAGGAACUUCAAGCCAAAGUGCAAGGUCAAGUGUCUGAGGAAGAAGAGGUGGAAUCUCUAGAUAUAGACCUGCCAUUACGGACGAUGGAACAGCUGGAUGAGACUGAAAGACAUUUGGAAGAUGCUGCAGCUCAGAAGAGAAUGGUGGCUCACCUAUCGCGGAUGGGUGGAGCCACAGUGGAUGACGCAGUGCGGAGGCUGAUGCAAGCCGUGCUGUCCUUCGCAGUAGGCUCCGAACUGAACUGGGUAGGAAGGGGUCAGAAGCGGAGUUUCAGAAGCACCAGGCUACAGGGCGUACUCUUCCGUGCUUUGAAGAGAACCCCAGUAGGAAGGGAAGCCACACAUCACCAGUUUGCGGACGUUGUGAAGAAGUGGUUGAGGUUCGCUCCGUUCCGGCAAGGCGGCACCGGCCGGCGACAAACCAACAAGCCCCCAACAGAUUACACGUUCCAUACGGACACAGAGGGUGACAGCCACAGCCAUGUUAGCCCAGAGGCAAAAGAUUUAAAGAUAUUUUAAGUUUCUUUCAAUCUGGUAUAUCCAGUGUGGUGCUUUCCAACUUGAACAUAGAGUUCCUGAAGUACAGGGAACGAUGUAUGACUGAGUGUUAUACCACUGUUGUUGUUCUUGUACGCCAUUUACUGUGGCAUGUACACGUUACAUUAUAAUUUACAGCUUUUACACAACAUAAACUGUUUGUGCAGUGAAGCUCAUCUUCACUUGGAGGCUGAGUGUAAGAUACAGUAAGUCAUUGUAUAAAAUACAUGUAGAAUUUUCAUAUUUAACUGAAUGAUCUUUGAAUUCAACAAACACUUAUCCCAUAUCCACCACUUCAUGCACAAUAAAACAGCAAAUGUAUGUGGGAAUGGUAUUUGAGGUUAUUUCUGUCUAGAGACCAGAUAUUUUAGCUUGUGCCCAUCCUUUUCUCAGUGUUUCUUUCAAAGAUGGAGUUUGUGUGUAGAACAAGUAAACAAGUAGGCCUAUAUUUUUAGUAUUCAGCCCCCCACCUCACUGCCAGAUGCCCAAUACAGUAGCCUACUGUCUUGUGUUAGAUACAUAAUUGACCUUUUUCAUUUGAUGUUAUUGGGUGACUAUUCUUUUCUCUAAAAGCUUUGUGUUAGAAACAACGCAAACUGUGUUGUCCCUAUCUGGACAUGUUAAACACAACAGAAGUUGUGUUAUUUUCAACACAUUCAUUUUAAGAGUAUAGGCCUAUAGACUGGAAGUAUUCAAAGUUUCAAGUUUUUAAAACCUUGAUGUUGCUGUAAAUUUGCCCUCUUUCAUGUCUCAAAUGGUACUUACGUGUCUGCCAAAAAGAUUCCUCAUGGACUCAAUUUUCUCAGAUACUUAUUAAGGUGUCAUUAUUUUGUCGUAACCUCACCUGUUGCCACCUUACCAGUGUAAAUAUGAGAUAAAUGUAUAUUCUAAGUAACCUUUUCAACGGUGUUGAGGUUGCUGCUGUCCCACUGAAUGCCAAGCUGUUUAAGAAACAAUAAAAUAGAAUAUGUGUUUAUAUCUUGUUUUUUCUAUGACUCAAACAAGAUCUCUUUCAGACAAUAUGCUCAGAAUGGUCUGUGAGGUUUCCUUAAUGAAAUUACCUGUAUUCCAUAAAAUAAAUGUAAUGUGUAAA